CUUCUUGUACAUCUUUUUAUCUUAAAUAUGUUUCUGGAACUGUUGGAGUUGGCGAUUUACAAUUUGGAGAUCGAUUGAGUGAUCAAGCAAUCUGCUGUCUCCGAAAACAUUCCAGGAGAUGAGCACGGGCUGCCUCGUGGUGAAGCUUGGAAAUGGGGUGCAAGCCCAUGAUCGGCUCCAUUUCAUCAAUUGAAGUUUUGAGGAAGAUUACAACAUCGAGUCGAAAUGCCGAAGCCAUAGAUGACAGUGCCCUGCAUAAAGGAUACUUUUGAUUGAAAAUGGCUGUUGAUGCUGGAGGGAUUGUCACUAUCAUCCUAUUCUAUUUGUUAAUCCUCGCUAUUGGAAUAUGGGCUGCCAGGAAAACUAAACAAAGGACGAGUAAAGGAGAAAUACUUCGAAAUGAGGUUAUAAUGAUAGGAAGAAGAGAUAUUGGUCUUUUUCUUGGAAUUUUUACAAUGACUGCCACUUGGGUUGGUGGUGCUUAUAUAAAUGGCACAGCAGAAGCAAUCUAUCUUGUUGAACAUGGUCUUGCAUGGACACAGGCUCCAAUAGGAUUUGCAUUAAGUCUUACCAUCGGUGGUUUGUUUUUCGCUAAGCCAAUGCGUUCAAAGAAAUAUGUGACCAUGUUGGAUCCAAUUCAGGAAACCUAUGGUAAUUGGAUAGGAGGACUGUGCUUCAUUCCUGCUGCUUUGGGAGAGGUCUUUUGGACUGGAGCUGUUUUAUCUGCCCUUGGUUCAUCGCUGAGUGUGAUUUUUCAAAUCAAUGUUCACCUGUCUAUUAUUGUUUCUGCUGUGAUAUCGGUCAUUUAUACUCUGAUUGGUGGAUUAUACUCUGUUGCAUACACAGACAUGGCUCAGCUUUUCUGUAUCUUUCUGGGAAUGUACCUAAGCUUGCCUUUCGCUAUUUCACAUCCUGCUGUUACAAGUAUCAGCACCACGUUUACACAGUAUGUUUACCGUGAGCCCUGGAUCGGAGAGAUACCUGCUCAAAAGGCCUGGGUCUGGAUUGACAACUACUUUCUGAUGAUUUUAGGAGGAAUCCCUUGGCAAGCAUAUUUUCAGAGGGUACUUUCUUCCUCUACAGCUGCUCGAGCACAACUGAUGUCCAUUGUGGCUUCUUUAUUCAUUAUAGUACUAGCUAUCCCGUCUAUAAUCUUUGGUGCAAUAGGAAUAUCAACUGAUUGGAAUCAGACUGCUUAUGGUCUUCCAGACCCAUCAACCAGGAACCAGUCUCAGAUGAUAUUGCCCAUAAUUCUACGAUACCUUUGUCCAAGAUACAUUGGAUAUUUUGGCCUUGGAGCUGUCUCUGCUGCUGUGAUGUCAUCGGCUGACUCUUCCAUCCUAUCAGCAAGUUCCAUGUUUACUCGGAAUAUUUAUCAAUAUGCAUUUAGGCACGAAGCCACGGAUAAUGAACUGGUAUGGGUCAUGAGAGCAGCCAUUAUCAUGUUUGGAGGAGCAGCAGUAGGAAUAACAUGGUUGUCUGAUUCUGUCUACGGAUUGUGGUAUCUAAGCUCAGAUCUUAUCUUUGUUCUUCUUUUUCCACAACUGGUCUCAGUACUUUUCAUCAAAGGAUCUAAUUCUUAUGGCUGCAUCACUGGUUACAUUAUUGGUCUCAUCUUGCGUAUUUGUGGUGGAGAUCCUUAUCUACGUCUGAACCCAUUUUUCUGCUUCGCCAAGUGCCAUUUGGAUAUUAAGUUUCCAACUGGACCAAUUUAUAUUCAGCAAUUUCCAUUCAAAACAGUCGCAAUGUUAUUAUCCUUAUUCAUGAAUUUAAGCGUUUCAUAUCUGACCAAAUAUCUUUUUCAUAAUGGAAUGUUGCCUCCCAAACUGGACUUCCUUGAAAACUUUGUUACAGAGCCUGUAAAAGAAAAAGGGAAUAAAGUAGAGCCACUGACAAAUGAUGACAGUGACGCACACGAAGCAAAACCUUCAGAUAAAGAAGCAAACGAUCGUCUUGACACUGAUUAUCCAAGUGAAGAGCCAGCCACCAAUGAAGUUUUGGAUCCAGUGACUUUAAAAACAGAUAUCUAACAGUUAAUUCUGCUGUAGGUAUCUUUAAAUAUGGAUUACAAAAAUGUAUUACAGCUGGUGCAAAUGCCUAAUAGUUUUGGUUAGCAGGAUCAUAAUAAUAAAUAAAACACAACUCUCUGGAAUACAUUUAAACUAGAGGACUAAAAAUCCCAAUUGUGUCAGUUAUUACCAGUUAGCUAUUGUCAGCUAGUUAUUGCAACACACACAAAAUGCUGCAGGAACCCAGCAGGCCAGGCGGCAUCAAUGGAAAAGAGUGAACAAUCGAUAUUUCAGGCCAAACCACCUCGUUUCUCUUGUUUCUCAGCUAGUUAUUGUUCAGUUUAGUUUGCAAAAACACUUUGAAUUUAUAUUGCACCUGUAACCUCAGAAAAUGC